UUUGUACCUGAAAAAUCCCAUAUAGACCAAUCCAAAACUUCUGCCUGCCUAUUUACCAAUACCAGUCGAAAAAAUGCAGCCCAAUGAGUUAACACAACUCGAUAGUCUACUUUCUUCAGACCUAAACCAAUACCCUUCUCAUUUUGGCCUAAUUCACAACAACACACCAGCAUAUCAAUUUAACAGAUUUUCUAAUUUGUAUCAACUUCCCCCAGUUCAAGAAUUCAAUCCCCAAUCGACAUGUAACUGGACUUCGGAUGAAGCCGAUGAACACCAAGUCAGGGUUAUAAACGAGAGGAAGCGACGACGAAUGAUAUCAAACCGAGAAUCUGCACGACGAUCACGUAUAAGGAAGCAAAAGCAACUCGAUGAGCUUUGGUCACAAGUUGUCUUGCUCCGAAACGUGAAUCAUCAACUGAUAGACAAAUUGAACUGGGUUUCGGAGAGCCGUGAUCAAGCAGUACAAGAAAAUUCUCAGCUAAAAGAAGAGGCUUCUGAGCUUCGUCAAGUUAUCACAUACAUGCAGCCCCAAAGUCCCUGUCGUAAUCUGAUCAUAGAUUUUGAUGAUCAUGAAUAAUGAAUUGACUUAACUCAGGGCCAGAACUGAAUAAUUAUAUGAAGAAUUGCUUUGUGGAGAUGAAUCAGGGUUUAAUUUUA